CGCACGCCACCUUCCACCUUCCACACACACACGAAACGAGCAAAAUGCCUGCCGUUACCCUCAACACCCGCACCGACCUCACCACCUCCAAGGCCAAGCUCGGCACCUUCGAGCUGACCACCACCACGACCGUGGAGGGUUGGAAGAUCAAGGCCACCGCCGAGCCCUCGGUGCCCGAGCUCACCAAGUCCGGCCUCUCCGACUUCUCCGCCGAGAUCCCCGCGAUGAACGCCGAGGCUUCCAAGGAUGGCAUCACCGUCUUCCUCGACAACCUUCAGCUCAUCCCCAAGAAGCAGUUCGUUCCCCGCCUCAAGAUCGCCAAAUCCGUGGACGUCGCCGACCAGUCCUACGACGUCAAGGCAGAGCUCAUCCCCAAGGGCAACACCUCCGCCGCGAAGGACAACUCCCCGUCCAACUCUCACGUCGUCAAGCUCGGCGUCACCGCGCCCGCCAUCAGCGGUUUCACCCCCAAGCUCGAUUACUCCACCGGCAACAACACCGCCACCGUGGAGGUCAGCGGGAAGGUUGAUAAGGCGACGGUCACCCUCAAGGCGGACAUCGACAUCGAGGGCAAGAAGAGCAAGGGCGCCUCCGCCAAGGUGGCCUACCCGCUCCCCGAGGGUGUGAAGGCGACCGUGGAGGUCAAGGACGACAAGUCCGCCAAGGUUGAGCUCGCCAAGGACCAGUUCACCCUGGAGGUUCCCAUUGCUGACCUCACCGCGCCCUCGCUCUCCGCGGAUAACCUCACCCUCAAGGUGAAGUACUCCAUGGACUUCGACAUGUAAGUUUCAAGCCACAGUGUAUCCUCUUGAUGAACUUCGAGAGUGUUUCGACUUAUUCAUUGUAAGGUGUUAAGUUGGCUACGGACGCGUUAUGGAUUGGAUUAUUAUAGCUCCGGGUAUACGCGGGCGCCAUUCUGGAAUUUAGUUUUUAGCCACAUUGUAAGGUCUUCCCUACGUAUAUGUUUUACCC